GAGGCUUGCUGUUCAGCCAUGUUGACGGCGCAAGGGAAAGCGUCGAGGUCGGCGCCGCUGGGCGCAGGUCGUUGGGCCCGACGUGGCCGCCCCGUGGCGGCGCCGUACCGUUCGGGCUGGCAAGCCUACGGUGGCGUUUCCCUCGAGGGCAGCGAAUUCCUUGGCGGCAUGCACCGCACCGAGGAGCGCGUCGUUCCGCGGGCGCCCCACGCGGCGGCACGCGAUGCCGAGGUGGUGAGGCCGCUCUCAAAGCUCCCGAACAGCAGCAUUGGGCUCUACGAUUCCUCGUUCGAGCGUGACGCGUGCGGCGUUGGGUUUGUCGCUGAGCUAUCUGGCGAUUACAAACGCGAGACUGUUAAUGAUGCUAUUGAGAUGCUUGAGAGAAUGGCUCACCGUGGUGCCUGCAGCUGCGAGAAGAAUACAGGAGAUGGUGCCGGCAUCAUGGUCGCUCUACCACAUGACUUCUUCAAAGAGGUCGCAAAGGAUGCUGGGUUUGAGCUACCCCCACCAGGCGAGUAUGAUGUUGGAAUGUUUUUUAUGCCAACAGAUGAAAAGCGUCGUGAGAAAGGCAAAGCUGAGUUUAAGAAGGUUGCAGAAUCACUGGGACAUGUAAUACUCGGGUGGCGUCUGGUUCCGACUGACAACUCAGCAGUGUUAUUAAAACUACGUUUAAACGAUGUUUAAACUACGUUUAAACGUCAAAACUCUAAUUAGAGGUUGAAAUCACGUUUUAGCGUUUUGGCGUUCUAAACUGUAAAACGCAGUGUUUUAUGCAUUUUAGACCAUUAGCUAUUUUUGGGCCCGGUCUAUUAGUUACUUUUGGGGUUCAAUCCAGCUCAUGGGUGAAGUUUUGGUAAGCCACUAACCUCUCUGUUUUGGUAUUUAACUUCAUAUUAUUGUCUGAAAUUAUGAUAUAUUGGUAUUUUUCCUAUGUUGUUUAAAACUACGUUUAAACAAAGUUUAAACGUUUAAAAGUCAAAAUUUCACCCAUGAGCGUUCCAACGUUUUAUCGUUUUAAUAA